CAGCAAACAACUACAAACAACUAAACAGUGUCUUUUCAUCAUCACUUUGUCUUUCUACAUCAUCUUUUCAACACCAUCAACCCCAUCAACCUAUACAAUCCCACUUACACGACACGCACUUCAACACCAUCACCACAAUGGCCAUCCCCAACCGCAAAGUCGUCAUCACCGCCUACGGCCCCCCCUCCACCGCCCUCCAGUUCGUCACCGAGGACCUGCCCCCGCCGCCCAAGGACCACGUCCAGGUCAAGAUCCUCUACGCAGGCUUCGCCGGCGCCGACGUCAACAUGCGCCUCGGCGUCUACCCCAUGCAGAGCGCCCCUCCCUUCACGCCGGGCUACUGCUUCGCCGGCCGCGUCUCCGUCAACGGGCCCGGCAGCGGCAAGUUCGAGCCCGGCACCCUCGUCACGGCGCUGACAAAGUACGACUCCGACGCCGAGUACAUCAACAUCCCCGAAAAGUACCUCCUGGCCAUCCCCGACGGCGUCGACCCCAAGGUGGCCGCUGCCCUGCCCGUCGACUGGUCCACCGCCUACGGCAUGGUGCACCGCGCUGCCAAAGUGUCCGAGGGCCAGCGCGUCUUCAUCCACGGCAUCAGCGGAGCAGUUGGCCAGGCCGUCAUGUAUCUCUCGCUCCUCCAGGGCGCCACCGUCUACGGCACGGCCUCUGAGAGGAACCACGCCGCCCUCAAGGAAGCAGGCGCCCAUCCGUACCUCUACACCAACAAGGACUGGAUCGCGGCCAUGAAGGACCUCGGCGGCGUGCACGCUGUGUUUGACGCCCUGGGCUUUGAAAGCUUCGACGAGUCCUACUCCAUCUUGACUCCCAAGGAGAGAAGCGUAGUCGUCGCCUACGGAAACAACCUCAGCAAUCUCACUGGUGCGAAGCGGCGCAGCCCUUGGAUCCCCAUGGCCAAGCUGCUAUUCAAGAAUCUCUAUUUCUGGUCCAACAAGGGAGCUAUAUUCUACUUCAUCACGCGCGACCAAAAGACGUUUGAGCCUGAACUGCAGCUGCUGCUCAACAUGACCAGGGAUGGAAUCAUUACCCCUCCGAUCAAGGCCGUCUGGGAGUUUGACGAUAUCAAAGAGGCCCAUGAGGCUUGGGGCAAGGGCUCAGGAAUGGGAUCGCCAGUUAUCCGCAUCGCCCGCGACGCUUAAAGUGGAAAUCGUGCUCUUGUCUCUCUUUGAUACCUCGUUUAAUAGUGUCUUGAUUUGGUUAAAGAUUGUUGUCGGAUCUGCAGCGGUUUUCUGUUAUUGUCUCCUCCCCAAUUUAAUUCCCAAUUAUUUAGUUCAGCAACUUGAAACAUUCACUAAUUAAUAAUAAAAUCCAUGUACUUUGUCUGCAUCUC